CUCACUGCUAGUCUCACUUCCGGUUCGCUGGGGAAGGGCGGGCGGACCGGUUUUACCUGGAACAGCUGAGGUAACACGAAAGUGAAAGAAAAUGAAAAAACUCAAGGGAGUGUUUAAUCUUUUCGUCUGGGUAAUAUUAUCAAGAUUCCAUGCUGUAUCUUCUAUAAUCUAUGUCGAGGAUGGGAAGAGUGUGACUUUAAAUCCAAAUAUACAAGGAAAUCCUGAAGACAUUUUGUGGACAUUCAAUGGAAAUAAGGCGGCUGAACGUGAUUUGAACGAAUUUCUAGAAUAUGGUCAGUUCAGAGGAAGGUCAGAGAUUGACAUCUCUACUGGGCAGCUCACUGUCCUCCGCGCCACCAGCCAGGACAGUGGUGUUUAUAAGUCUGCAGUACAGAUUGAUGGAAAACUGCAAAUGUAUGAAAAUGAAGUUCGGGUUAUUGAUGCUGUGCAGGAGCCCAAUGUGACCUGUACACUGAACAAUGUUACAGAAUCAAAAACACUGUUCUGCUCAGUUUCAUCUCGGUUCCUAACAACUUUUGAAUGGACUGGAUCAAAUUCGUUAAAACGAUCUGGGCAAGAGCUCGAUAUCAGCAAGGUGGAGAAGCCUGAUUCAGUCUUUAUUUGCACUGUGAAAAAUGAAGUGAGCCAAAAGAGCACCAGCUUCACUCUGAAGGACUGCCCCGAAGGUAAACCACCACAUGAGAAUGUCAUUCUACCAGUUAUAAUUAUCAUAGCUUGUGUUGUUAUUAUCGUGGGGAGUGCAGCUGCCAUUUAUUUCAUUUACCGAAGAAGAAACAAGGGUAAGAAAGGGGAAGAUCUAAACCAUGCUGUCAGAAACAAUUAUGAUCUAGAGGACAAUGCAGAACAGGACACAAAUGAAGAUAGAGAUGAGUUUGAAAAUGAUGAAGAAACAGAAAUGAUGAGUGGUAAUGAAUACAGGAAAGAGCCAAACCAGGUUCUCAAAAACAAUCAUGUUUCAGAAGACAAUGCAGAAUAUAAGGACAUAAAUGAAGAUGAAGAGGAGUAUGAAAAUAAGGAAGAAACAGAAAUGAUGGCUGAUUUUAACUGUAGGGAAGAGGCAAACCAGGCUCUCAGAAGCAAUCAUGUGUCAGAGGACAGUGCAGAAGAGGAUUUAAAGAAAGAUAAAGAAGAAACCGAAAUGAUGCAUUAUUUUAAAUGUAGUGAGGAUGUUGCAGAGAACUAUGAAGAACAGGACAUAAAUCAAGAUGAAGAGUGAAAAAAAAAAAAAAAAAAAAAAAAAAAAACGAUAAAUUUAGUACUAGCAAAGUUGUAAGCAGGCUUGUAUUUAAAAAAAAAAAAAAAAAAAAAAUUAUAUUUAGGCUGGAAAAAAUAUGCAUGACUUGUACAAAAGGAUACCACCAGCUAUUUAAAAAAAAACCCCAAGGAAUCUUAAUUUUACUUUUCCCUGUGGGAAACUACUUGCAUACUAAAUUGUAUUUCUUGUAAACAUAUUGAAUAUGUGUUCUAGGCCAAGAUCUUCAGUUAUGAAGAAAAUAAGCAGGAAAUCACAGCCCAAGACCUCACUGGACCCACACAAGACAGUCCUAACGAGUAACAAGUUAACUGAGCAGCAGACUCAGACAUAGCACUUUACAAUAAGGUUCAUUAAAGAAUUAACUUAAA